GUAAUGAGCCGGGUGAGCGAGGACAGUUGAUGAGGGACGCUGCCGAGGGAGUGCCGCGCUGCCAGUGCGUCGUGUCUGACCCGAGGACGUGACGUGAUCAGGGAUAUACGCGAGAUACGAGACAGGAUAGUAAAUGUCAGCCUCAGAAAUCUUAUCGAAACAGCCCGUGUUAAAUUGAAAACGGUGGUGGAGUUCAGUGCUGUGAAUUUUUAGUUGUAAGUUCAUUCAGCCGCAAAUAAGUGAAGUGUUUCGAACAUGAGAGUGACAGGCCAGUGAUCCACCGGCCGCGAUCCAUUUCGAGAAGGAACCCGAAGCAUCGGUGAAUGCAGUGCGCAGAGACCCGGGCCUGGGAGGUGCAGGGAGUGCUGGCCCACAGUGAGCAGGCCAGGAUAGCUGGUCGUAGUGUUCGAGCAGGCAGCAUCGGCCCUACCUCACAGGUGUUCGAGUGUAGGAUGUGCCAGGGCAGCCACGAGUGCUCGGGGCGAUGCGCAGAGUGUAGCACGAGCGCAACCUCCUUCAGGAAUAGCAUCGCGAUGGGCGGCGUGAGAGGAGGUUCCACCCUGAACGAGGUGGGCGUUGCAAGACACCUUCCCCACCACGCCUCUACGCCGCACCUGUUCGUGUACCAGGCCGCCGACGACGAAGACGAGGUGGACCACGCCCCCAAGGACUGCAAGGAGCCCAUCUACUCCUCCGCCAUUGACAUCCGAAAGGCCACUGCAUCCAAGGAGGCGGAGGCAGUGCGUCGAAUCACGGAAAAGUACGACUCGCUCCGCGCCCUGACGGACCGACGGGACGAAGUGGACGACCCGCUGGCCGUCACGGACGAGGACGUGGCGCGAAUCGAGACGUUCUUCCGUGGCCACAAGACACAGCUCUGGGUUUGUCGCACAUUGGCCAACCUCUACUGUGAGAGUGGGGCUGGAGCUUCGCAUGGCACGUGGGAGUUAAAAUACACGGGCGUACCCAUUCUGCUGCUGGACCAGGGAGACACACGUUCCCGUGACAAGCGCCUCCUGCAGCUCAUCCUGGCGGAAAAGGGAACGGGUUUCGCUCUGUGGAAGGACGUGGUGGACAACCUCACCUCGUACAGGGCCCAAGAACCCCAGUUCCACACCCUCUACCUGUCGUCGGACCACCGCCGGCGGAUGGGCCUUUCCUUCAAUGACGGGCGCGCCGCCUGCGAGUUCCACAGUCACAUCGAGCGACUGACGGCAGACCCAGCCAACAUCUCGCUCUCAGGGCCCGGCAAAAAGAAGAACAAGCCCAAGGAGAAGGUGUCUAAGUACAAAGCUCCCAAGAAGACCGACAUCUCUUCGCCUUGCAACUUCCAGCACGUGACUACGGUGGACGCCUGUGACAAGACGCGCUUUUUCUCCCUGCAGGCGUUCUCCAAGGCGAAGAACCCGCCCCCAUUGCAGCCGCACACGGUGGUUGAGCGGCCCGUGGAGGCGACGACUGCUAAAGUGUAGAAAGCGGGAGUGCAGCCAUACUCGCCCGAAACUCCCUUCAUAUGUAUAUGAAUCUAUUUAAUCUUCCUUUCGUCGUAGUGUUAAGGGACCUCGUGAAUAAGGGCAGUGAAAAGGUGUGAACUCAAAAAGACUGCUCGGAAGCAACGCCUGUAUGCUUGAACGUGCCAACAAAAUAGAUUCUCUUCAACUUCAUGAUUUGCUUGAUUGAUAUUCAAGCAAAGACACUGGACACGGGUACAAGAGCAGUAGACAAGAGAGCGUCUGAGUGGUAAAAUAUUCUUAUGAAAACGACCCUAAAGUGAAAAAGACAAUGUGAUGUCCCCUCUGUGCCUUUUUGCUUGUCAAAAUAUAUUCGAGAAGUGUUCACAGUGAUGAUCCUCCCGAGGACAUGGGAAUGGUGCGCUGAAUUGUCAUGCAAUAUGUGAUUUUUUUCUUGGGUACCGGGAUACCGAUACCCAGGUGACCCAGUGACAUGGUGCUUUUGGUGACUGUUGAGACGGUAAAAUAUUUUCUUUUUAUUUCAGUGGCACCUAGAUUUUGGUUAAAAAAACAACAUUAGUGGAAUAUGAGUUAUUUGCCACUCAUUUGGAAAAAUGCAUAUAUCAUUAAUGUAUUAUAAGAGAAAGAAAUGGACUUAAAAAAGUGUACAGAAUGGGGUAGAAAGACAAGAGACGUGUUGUUCUCAUUUAAGCGGUAGAAGACAUGUACGCCAUCAAAGCAACUUUGCAUGUAUAUGGAGAUAACACGGAGAAAUUGAUCUUGACUUUGUGUGUAUUCGUUAAUGACACGUACAGAAAUAUAAAAUAAAGAUUGUGCGCAUACUGCAAUGCAGUAAUAAGCUUUAGUUACUGUACAGCAAUGUGAUGCGGAUCCCCACCCCCCAUAAAAUGUAGGUCUAUAUAAUCUUAGGCAUCCAAUGUAAAGGCAUGUCUAUGAUUGGUUACCGGAAAUUGGCCUUAUAGAAACGAAUAUAGGGCCCAUAUUUUCCGUGUAGUGCUGUAAUAUUGCUGAAAUGUAGAUAAAAAAGUCUGUCAUUCCUAAGUCUUUAGAGACAAGGGACCUAAGAGGCAGAAUGUAAUGAAAUUUUACAUAUAUGUAUAUAGGCCUUACGGAUGAACAACUUUCCUUCUAAACAAAAAGCCUGUAUUAUAUUCCUCCAUAUCCAUAGUAUUUCGAUGACAUGAAGCGUUACAGCCAAACUUGAUUUUAUUCAACUGGGUAUGUAACCAACUAUGCUGAAUGACGAAUCGACAUAUGUGAGCUUUUAUUAUGACUGAAUUGUUAUAUAGCUUUAUUCUAAAAGAUCAUGCUCUUUAGGGGCUUCCAAAGGUUCGGUUGAGACAAAACAAAAAAUUUAAGCCGCCAUUGUGAUGAUAGAGGGAUAUUGUUUCGGUCAUUUCGGAUUCUACGUCUCGCACUUCGCAAUGUCCAAACUCUAAGGAAUCUUCGAUGAAGCAUUCACACCAUUGAAAUUUUUUUUCUUAAACCCCGAGCCUUACGUUUCGUAAUCGAACAUCUACGCCAUUUUCCAACGUAAACGUAACAUUCUAAAAUCAAACUUCUACGCCAUUCACAAGAACAGGAAAUUCAUCAUCUCCAUAUUCAUCA